ACACACACAUAACAAAAUUUCGCUAGUAGCCCUAGCGGGUUCAAUCCCUACUAUGGCGCUGACCAGCGCUCUGCCUGCUAUGUCGUCCCUUCACAUAAUGUCAACACAAUCGCCUAACCUAGCCACGUCAAUAGCGCCAUUUCCGAUCACUCCCUCGCUACCACUCGCUACGCAUUCCUCAACAAACGACUCUCGCCAACUCAUAACCUUCCGGAUUCUCCGGCCAACCUCGUGUCGAAGCCCGCAUUUUCCGCGACUGACCGCGAGAACCAGUCUUUGUAACAGAGCGUGUGUUGUUGCCCGCGCUUCGCGGGACAGUUCGUCGGGGCGCGAUUCCGAGUCGCAGAGCAGAGUGAGCGAGGGAGAGGAGGAGGAAGAUGAGGAGGAAGCGGAGGUGGAAAAAUGCCAUUUUGGCGGGAAGGAGUUGGAGCGGUUCGUCAGAAUCAACGAGGGCCAAUGGCGAGGCGUGUUUCUGCACUACGACCUGAACGGGCGGCUGCUACACAGAGUGCCCACCCGCAUGUCCGCUACAGCCUUUGGGAAAGGAGAGAACUCUUCCCUGCUACAGACGUUGAGUGUGAAGCAGGGUGGCACGGGAGGGGAUGGGGAGGAAGAGGAGUGGGUGGAGAUUAAGCUGGAGGAGGUCAACCGGAUCACAGCAGCCAAUCGCCUCCAGGUGGGCUGGUUCCCUGACCAAUCAGCCUAUUCCGUGUGCCACCAGACGGCUGAGACUCUAGUCAAAGUGCUCACAGUGGGGGUGUUGGGGGAGGAAGCAGCAGAAGCCGACGAGGCAGCAGAGGUUAUACGAGGCCUGCGGCUGCCGUCCCGCCGCCCCGCGCUCGUCAGCGAAACGUGCCUCUUCCUCUCCGAACCAGAUUCCGAGCCUCCCUCCGAAGCAAGCCCCGAAGCAAGUGCGGAGGCGGAAGAGAGCCGGCCGAAGCAACGGGUGCGGUCGUUCCACGUGUUGAACUCGAGGGGGAUGAUCGACACUCUGGGGGUGUUUGUGGAGGAGAGAGAGAGGAGUGGAGAGGGAGCAAGUGAAGAUGCAUCGCCCCAAGUCAGAGAGCUGCUGGAGGCGCAACCCGACGUCCCGAACGCCCCAGUGCCCCUCUCCCGCCUCUCACUGCUGCUGGGCGAGUGGGACGGCUCCUCCAUCACCCACCGAUCAGCCAUCUACGGGGAAACUGUCACCCGCAGCACCUCCAACUUCUUCCUCACUCGCUUUGAGGAUGGAAGCCUGGGGCUGGAAGAGACACGAGGAGACGUCUGCUUCCGCCGGCGAGGGGCUGUUGCAAACCAUACAGACGACUCACCCGAAACUGCAGGGAUUGGUUCAACACAGCAGCAGCAGGAGCAGCAAGAGCACGAGCAGGAGCAGCAAGAGCACGAGCAGCAGCAGCAAGAGCACGAGCAGCAGCAGCAGGUGGGGGGGCGAGUGCUGCUAGACGGGGGGCAGCAGAUCACCCUCCUCCCGGGGGGUCUCUCCCUCUCCGCACCCUGCUGCGUGCCCCGCGGCCGCGCCUUCUUCUUUGAAACCGUCCUGGCAGAGCCGGUUGCAGGAGAGGGGCUGGAGAUGCCCCAAGGAGGAGAGGGGUGGCAGCGGCGGCGGGUGGUUCGGACGUACGAUCCUGACGGUAUGGUGGUAUCGAGCUCGGUGUUUGCUGAGAGGAAGACUGUAUGAAAUGGCUGGGAUAAGGAUCAUUGGAUAAGGAUCAUUGGAUAAGGAUCAUUGGACAAGGAUCAUUGGAUAAGGAUCAUUGGACAAGGAUAUUUGGAUAAGGAUCAUUGGACAAGGAUUAUUGGAUAAGGAUCAUUGGACAAGGAUCAUUGUGUUAGAAUACUAGAAUGGUUGAAAUAAGCAAGAACAAGGGAGAUAUA